AGUGUACAUGCCACAUCCAAGGUAUUCCAGAGAUAGAUCUCAGUUAGGGCAUUAAACAUGGCAAGCCAGAGUUCAUUUUCCAUGGCUGCCAUUGCACUACUCCUUGGAGUCCUCGCGGCAUUCCCAACAAUUGCGCAAUCAAUUGGUGUCUGUUAUGGAAGGCUUGGAAACAAUCUACCCCAACCUAGUGAUGUGGUGGCUCUCUACAAAUCUAACAACAUCGGACAAAUGAGGAUCUAUGAUCCAUACUCACCAACUCUCCAAGCCCUCGAAGGAUCCAACAUUCAACUAAUUGUAGACGUCCCUAAUACCGAUCUCCAAAAUCUAGCCUCCGAUGCUUCAGCAGCUAAUGAUUGGGUCCAAAACAACAUAAAAGCUUAUUCAGGUGUUUCAUUUCGAUAUAUUGCAGUGGGCAAUGAAGUUAUUCCUGGAAAUUCAGCUCAAUAUGUGCUCCCUGCCAUGAGAAACAUCUAUUCAGCUCUUUCCUCAGCCGGUCUACAAAACCAAAUCAAAGUCUCAACUGCAGUCGCCACUUCAGUCCUUGGGGUAUCAUAUCCUCCCUCACAUGGGGCAUUCUCUUCUGAUGCACUGACAUACUUGAGUCCAAUAGUUCAAUUUUUGGCCAGCAAUGGAGCUCCACUCCUAGUAAAUGUGUACCCCUACUUCAGUUAUGUGGAUAACCAAGGCUCAAUCAACAUCAAUUAUGCUUUGUUCACUUCCUCAGGAACUGUUGUAACAGACGGGCAAUAUAAUUACCAGAAUCUCUUCGAUGCUAUAGUUGAUGCAGUUUAUGCAGCAUUAGAGAAGGUGGGAGGGUCUAGUGUGGUGAUCGUAGUGUCGGAGAGUGGUUGGCCGUCAGCUGGUGGAACUGCAGCAAGCAUCAACAAUGCACAGACAUACAAUCAGAAUUUGAUUAAUCAUGUUGGCCAAGGGACUCCAAGGAGAUCUGGAAAGGCUUUAGAGACUUAUAUAUUUUCUAUGUUCAAUGAGAACCAAAAGCCAGCAGGGAUAGAGCAAAAUUGGGGGCUGUUCUACCCGAAUGAGCAGCCUGUCUACUCAAUAAACUUUAGUUAAAUCAUAAGAGAGGAUUACAACAAUAGUAGUUAUAAAUAAAAAAUAUCAUCUGGAAUAAGCCAUUAGAGGAAUGGAUAAUUUCCUGUUUGCUUGAAUAAAGGUUUGAUAAAUAAGAUUUCCUCAUGUAACCUGAUGGUGGAAAUGAUAUUGCCAAAGAUAAUUAUUCUACUCCCUUUAAA